GCUACCGAGUCAACGGGCUGCCGUCCGUACGCGUCUGUUACCGGCGACGUGCUGCACAGUUUCAGUACCGCACCACAGCGACCGUGUGGGACGUGACAGUGUAAAUCACCACUCUACUGUCACGCUAUGCGAUUGUUCCAGUGUUUACUGUUAUAGUUAAAAUGUGUGUGUUAAACAAUAGCACGUUACAGGCUGUUGUCGGUUAUUCAUUCCGAGAUAAAGCGAGUCUCAAUGUGUAACGUGUAACAGCGGAGACCUUAAGAUCCCAGUGUUACUUUGCUGCACUUCGUCCAUUUGAAAGUGAGGAGCCUACUGGUGCUGCCACACACACUUGCCGGCAGCAGCACAAGAGGCAGUUGAGCCGCCUGUGUUCACAGGCCGUGAAGAAACACGAGACGUCAGUGGAGUUAAGGAAACGCACAUCCCUCCCCUACCCGCUGUUGGCAGCAGUGUAGUGCACGGGCGGUCUGCAGAGCGCCGCUCGCAGAAAGGGAACCUCGCCCGCUGGGAGAUAUCUGGACUUGGCGCGCGUCCCGCUGGGGUAAGCCGCCGACGCGUGACGCGGCUGCCGAUCGCUCCGUGUCCAGCUACACGUGCCGCUCGUCCGCUUCACAACGGACCGGUGCCACAUGCGCUUGUCCUUAUCGACUGCUGCGGGCUAACGUAGCCAACGACGUCUCUGUAAUAUAGAACGAUGGAAUUAUUUGUGCUUACAGUGAAAGUGCUCGAUAUAACAUAGGUCGACUCUACAGUGGGUGCAGUGGAAGUCGAGAGUGCCCGGAAUGAACUCGCCUUGGCAGAGGCCAUGGUGAAAGUGACGGUGAUCGAGGUGAAGCCAUGCAGCCCGGAGGAGUCGCCGCCGUGUGCAGAGGCGGAAGGCGGGCGUCCAAGCGGCGGGCCGGCCCUGGCGCGGAGGCACUCGCGGCGCCUGGCGUCGACGCGAGGACUCUCCUCCAACAGCGACUACCUCAGCAAGCGGCGCCAGCACGGCGCCCAGCCCGAGGACAGCGUCCGUAACAAGAUACACUUCUUCGAGCAGGAGGCGCGUGCGGGUCGCCCGUGCGUAGACAGUGAGGAGGAGUCCGGCAGCGGGACGCCGCAGGCAGUCGCCGACAGCACGCGCCCUGCGACCGACGCUCCGCGCGACCGCCGGCAGCAGAAGCAGCAGCAGCAGCAGCAGUCAGAGGCCGGUCCCCGGGGCAGGACGACCGUCGAUGUGCACGUCGAUGUUCGGGUUUGCUCCACCGACGCCCGCCGGGUGUCUCCGGACGGCACGGAGAGCUGUCGAGAGCAGAACGAUCCUCAGCCGCCACCCAACAGCAGUCAGCCAGUCAGCGGAACAGACGCUGAAGAGCGGCGGCAGCGGGGCCGGCAGCGAUCCGGCGUGUCGGUGGGUGACGGCUGUGGCUGGGUACGGGUCUUCGUGGGCGACGACGACCGCGGCUCGCUCGUCUACCUGUCGCUCACCACCACCGCCGCUGACGUCGCGCAGGAGCUCGGCCUCGACGACGACCACACCAUCUGGCUGCAGUACGGCGGCGGCCCUCCGCGUCGGCUGCUAUCGGAGGAGUGCCCGCUGGGCGAGCAGGAGCGCUUUCUGCGGCGGCUGGGCUGGUGGGACGCGGGGCGGCGCGCGCGCCUCGGCAUCGACCCCUGGCUGCAGCACGCGCUGCGCUUCCGCACGGGGCCCGCCGCCUCGCCGUGCGCCGCCGGGCUGGCGCGCGCCGGCCCGCUGCUCGUGCUCAAGGGGCUCGUCUUCCCGCAGUGGCGCCGCCGACACGUCGCCCUACUCCCCGGCCGCCUGCUCAUCUUCCCCGCGACGGACGACGGCACUCCGGAGCAGGUGGUGCUAUCUGGAGGCUCCGUGAGUGAACGACCCCUCAAGGCUGGACGGCUGGUCCUCCGCGUGGAAGUGCCGCAGCUCGCGGCAGCACCCGAGAGCGCCGCCACCAGCACCGCCACUGUCAGGCACAUCUUCCUCGGUUUCGACACGCACGCCGACAGAGACCUCUGGCGGGAAUGGCUGGAACAGUUCUACGCACCUCGGUCAUGA